GUGGAACACCUGUCGCGAAUACGCAAACAAAAUCAUGGCCUAAAACGCGCGUUGCGUGCAAUUCGUCGUCCUGCCCCAAAUUUGUGUCGUCUGACCUUACCGAACUCACGUCAGACUGUUUCCAAUACAAAAGCUCCGAGCGCUGUCACCCCUGGCCCAGUGGCAACCAGUAUUGAUACACCACAGACAAAUCCCGUCAACAAGCGGUCAUCGCCUCGAUUGCGUGCACGAGCCCAUGUGUACGAACCGAAUAGAGGUCGAGGUCUGGGUUAUCGCGAGGUUCGAUCCCAACCGACUACACCAUCCAGACGUUCACUGGUUCGUCGUAGUCAGAAAUUCUCCGGCCGCCAGGCCGUUCCCGUGGCUUCGUAUAUCCCAGCCCCGUACGCAACACAAACGCCCCUGUUUCCGUACAAUGCUGAGUGGCCACAAACUUCACGUCCCUAUACCAGUCACAUGAUGGCCUCAACCGGAUUACACGCACAACCGCACCCGACCAUUUCAAGUGGCAAUCCGCUUCUCGAAACAGAGAAAGACUUGUUCGCUCCACAAAAUCUUGUUCCAUGGCUCUGA